CUGGCGGUGGGCUCGUCUGCGGCGGCUGCACGUUCCCGCUCCGCCUCAGCCGGGCUGCGCUUCCCUCUCCGCUCGCCCGCCCGCCCUUCCCUCCGCCAGUCCGCGAGAGCGCAGGCAGGAGCCCAGGCGGAGAACCACGCAGAAUUGUGGAAUGCUGUGAAGAGCCCAGCUGCCUCAGAGACAGAACAGAUUUGGGACUAUUUUCAGCUGAAGGAUAGACUACGCCUGUAAAAGAGUCUUCACGUCUUCCGCAAUGAAUCCUGUUUACAGCCCCGUUCAACCAGGGGCUCCCUAUGGAAACCCUAAGAACAUGGCCUAUACAGGUUAUCCCGCUGGAUAUCCCACGGCUGCCCCUACCUAUAACCCAAACAUGUAUCCAACUACCAGCCCCGGCUACGCCCCAGCGACGCUUCUGAUGAAACAGGCCUGGCCUCAGACAUCGUCCUCUUGUGCCACGGAGGGUACCUUUCACCUCCCAGUGGACACUGGGACCGAGAGCAGAGCAUACCAAGCGUCAGCGGCAGCAUUCAGGUACACUGCUGGAACCCCGUACAAGGUCCCUCCUACCCAGAGUAACAGCGCACCUCCUCCUUACUCUCCAUCUCCAAACCCUUACCAAACUGCGAUGUACCCCAUCCGAAGUGCCUACCCACAGCAGAACCUGUAUGCUCAGGGAGCAUAUUACACGCAGCCUGUGUAUGCGGCACAGCCUCACGUCAUUCAUCACACCACCGUAGUCCAGCCUAACAGCAUCCCUUCUGCUAUUUACCCAGCUCCCGUGGCUGCCCCCAGGACCAACGGUGUGGCCAUGGGCAUGGUUGCUGGGACCACCAUGGCCAUGUCAGCAGGCACUCUGUUGACCACACCGCAACACACUGCAAUUGGAGCACAUCCAGUCUCGGUGCCAACGUACAGGGCUCAGGGGGCCCCUACCUACAGCUACGUACCUCCACAUUGGUAAUCUCAUCGGCCAGCUCACAUCUGGAGUCAACCAUUGUAUGCAACAAUUCACGUCUUACAUCGGUGCUGGAGCAGCUCUCCCACGGCACCGAGUCUGUUAGCCAGAACGAAAACAAGCGCAAGGGUCACUUUAUGCAUUCUUUAGGGUUUUAAUUUUUUUAACUUUUUUUUUUAAAGUUUAUUUUGUACAAGCCACUUCUGCACCAUAAACCCAGCCUGCUCCCGUUUUCCUCACCUCAUGCCCCCCUGAAAAGCUUUACAUCCUUUCCCGAUGCCAAGCAAUAGCUCCUGCUUUUCCGUCCCUCCCUUCUCAUUUCCCUCUUGUUGCAAACGUCCCCCGAUCUCAUAUGUUUCAUUCACACUAUCCAUUGAGCUGUACGACUAAGAGUGGGUGACGUUUCAGGGUGACUGAGUGGAAGAAGCACAGCACUGGCCGGCCGCCUUCUUUCCAUUUCCAUUUCAUUUCUUUUUAUGUAUCUAAUAAAUGGAAUCAGAAUUGGAAAUGGGUGUGUGUGCGUGCGCUCAUGCGUGCGUGCGCACACACACUCACAGAGUUGUUCCUCUUCCAUAACGUGGUUACAGAGGAUAUUGGUGUCUUCCAGAUAGGUGUUGGAAUUAGGCUUAGAGUUCAUUAUCUGCCUCGAAACCUCAUUCCCUCGCUUAGUCGAGCAGGCAAUUACACGUAACAGCCCCUCGUGUUAUAGAAAGCAGGGAAGCUAUCGCCCAGCACUUCAGCCAGCGCUUGUUUAAAUUGUGGAGCUUCCCCCUCCCCAACCCGCACACCAGGAAACAGAAAAGCAAAGGAGUGAGGUCCGCCAGAGACAUAGGAAAUGCAUCUUGUGUUUUGUUGAUUUUACAGUCAUUUCACUGCAUUCCCAGUUCAGAGAGGGGAAAGGGAGGGCGUCUGCUGAGAAGGCAAGAGUUUCCCCGUCCUUAGCCUUGAGUAGCUGCUUCCACAAACAGCAGUGACUUGAGGUGGCAGUUUUUGCCACCAAAAUUGUUUGGAAGUUAAAUGUAUGAAAAUGGAAAUCAGUGUCGGUUGCAUUCGGCUUUUGUUGUUUCUGCACACACGGUAGCACCUGAGUCGUUCGGCACACACGUGGCUUUUGCUGCCCCUUCCCUCGGCCAUGUCAGCACAAGCCAGUCCGUAUACUGCUCCAGAUUCCUAACACUCCCAUUUGCUUGCGUGAAUCGGCCAUAAAAAUGCAGGAAACUCUGUGUGGGUUUUGCAAGCGGACGUGCCGCUUCUCAGUGCAAAAUCAAGGCGAUGUAGCUGAAACUCUCUGUUGACAUGAGUCAGUAGCGUAAAUCAAGCCCCUUUGCUGGACGGAAAAAGAAGGGGCAAUUUACUGAGUUGCUGUUUCCAAAACAGUUUCUUCAGCAGGCAGGUGUUCCGUUCCUUCGAUGGCCGCAGCUCCUGGUGAAAAAGGACCCCGGAAAGCUUUCAGAUGCCACAAAGAGUAGUAGAGAUGGGAAACAGUUUAAUUUGAGCAGGAAACUCUCUGGAAAAUCAAGGGCAGAGUCGGCGUUACAUUUUUGCAUGUGUGGUCCUCUUUCGGCGCUCUCAUCCAAUAGAUUGUCCCCACCGGAUUUUGAACAACGCAAGAUCUGGUUGUGCCACAUCAGGACUGGAAGGGUUUUUUUGCUGCCUCGGGUAUUGGCAGAGUCGGACUUCAGCAGCUUGGCAGGCUGUAGGAUGCAGAGGCCGUGUGCCACGGGAUGGUGCUUGCAGACCAGAGCGGAAGCGGAAGAUGGUGGACGAAGCAGGCAGGCGGAAGGGAUGGGGAGGAAAAGAGAGGUGGGUCAGGGAAUUGACUGGGAGGCAAGAGGCAGGAAAGUUGGCAGGGGGGUAGAACAGAAGCUCCGAGGAGUGGCUGAAUAGUUUUCUCUCGGCUUGUGGCCCAGACUGUGGGAGUGCAGCAGGCCUCAGAGCUUCCUGGCGGACCUUAUGACUCCUGGAGAUGGGAGGAUUCUUGUCUAUGGCGUCUUUACCCUGCUGGAACAGGGAGCAAGAAAUGGCUGCUGGGUUUUGAGCCCCAUGGUCUGUGGCAGCAGACAUUCCUAGCUAGUUUGGGUCUUGGAGUACUGAUUCUGUUUCUGGCUGCUGUGACUUGUGCGGACAGGAGGCCCUUCUUCCAUGGGAUCAAGUAAUCAUUCUAAAAAUCUGGUAAGCCGUCACAUCGUCCUGUUGGGGCCAAUGGGCACCAUUUAAUUCACAGGUUUUUUUGCACUGCCUAAUGUUGCAUUGGAUGGUGGCCAACACGUUGUCUGCAGAAGUUUUCAACUCUCUUAAAUCUUCUGCUUGCUAACUCCAGAGUGUUGUUUUUUUGUUUUGUUUUUCUUUUGUACUUUCCUAAGGUGAAAAUCUCCCAACUGUUUAGAUCUAGACAAUCAGUCUUCAUGCUAGGAUAUCUGUGGCCCAGAGUAGUUUGUGACAGUGGUUCCCAAACUUUUGGGUGUGCUGACCCCCCAAGUCUGAAUUUACUUGGUAUAGUGACACACUUUUAAAAACCAAACAUGCACAAAUCAAUAGAACUGCCGAAGCCUGAGGCACGCUUACACAAGCUUUGCCGAUCCCCUUUCGGGACAGGACCCACAAUUCGGGGAACACUGGACGAAGUUGUGUGCAUGGCACCACAUAGAUACAAAAGAAUAAAUCGGAGGAUCAGCUUCUGACCUGACGGGUUUGGCCUGGCUGGCUUAGGAGAAGAAACCCGUCAGUGGGGCACUGUCCCAUGCAGCCACAGCCCGGCACUGCUUGUGGGUGACAAUUCUUGCUACUGGAACGUCUGUGCAGCCUCAGCACGUUCUGGUGUAUUCAGCCAGGUUGGCCUAACUAGCACAAUAGUUCUGUUUUGCCCUUAAGCUGGUAGGAUCGAAGGGCUAAAGAAAGGCUGGAGUGGAACUCAACCUGAACUUCCAGUUCUCGGUUGCAAAUUGCCGUUUGUCGAGCAGGAAUGUAGCAUGGUGGGAAAAGGGUGGAAGGGAGCUGCACCACCCCUAUAUCUGCAUGGUUCUGUGUCCUGUUUUGCCUAGCAUCAAGAUGGGUAGCCGUGUUUGUCUGUCUGUCGCAGUAGAAAAGAGCAAGAGCCCAGUACUACCUGAAAGACUAACAAAAUUUGUGGUAGGGUAUGAGCUUCCGUGAGCCACAGCUCACUUCUUCAGACACAGCUGGAAUGCUACUGGACUCUUGCUGCCUAGCAUCAGGUUACCUUUUAUGAGGUAUUGGUCAGCCUGUGACCAGCAUGGAGCAAUAGAGCCCCUUCCCCUGGUGUGUGAUUCCUCUGCCGGGAGAUCUCAGAAGAUUGUGGUCGAUAAAGGAAACUGUGGCUGCUUCCACACAUGUUGGAUAAUCCACUUCCAAUACUCUUUAGUGAACAUUUGAAACUGAUUUUCCAUGUGUGGAACAAAAAAUCCACUUCUAAAGGAUUACGAAAGUGCAUUGAAAGUGCAUUAUUCAACGUGUGUGGAAAUGGCCUGUGACAGCUUUCCCAGAGUUUGGCUUUUUUAGUCUUUGCUGUGUUCCUUCCAAAAGUUUGUCCGUUGCAAUCUGGCGAAAAGGGCAGCCGUUUUUUAAAUCUAGUGUCUAUUUUGAUUGGUGUGGCUCUUGCGUUUUGUGUACAGGCCUGGGAAUUUGAAAAAAGAAAUUGGAAUCGCUUGUGAAAAAGCUCGUGGCACUUUUUCUGACACUGAAGGGAACCCAUCCUGCCCAGUGGCGCAGGAAAACUCUUAUCCUCAUGAUAAUCCACGAUAAAGGAACAAACGGGGAGUCGAUAACUGCAGUUUGUCUCCAUUGCACCGUUCUCAGAGGCACUUUUGCAUAGCAAGCCAACAGAAGAUCUGGCUGUUCGAGAGGGGAUUAUGGGAUACUGAAGUCCCUGGUCCUUAUCCCGAUCUCUCCCUUGCUACCCACAGCUUGGCUGACCUGUUCAUACCAACCUUGCCCAUUGUUUCUGUAGCGUUAUUUCCCGUAGAUACCCCUGCAGCCGUACCGCAAGUCAGGACAGGUUGAGAAGCAGAGACUUGUCCAGGGACCCGCAGUGAGCUCCGUGGCGAAGCCCAGUGUAGAAACUCUCCCACCCACACAUUGCAAUGCAGACCGCAACCGUUGCGUGAGCGCUGCAGAAGUGGACUUUCUCCCAAGGUCAGCACUCCGUGCCGCAGAAUUUGCACAAGAACGAGAAUUCCUGGCAGGGUCACGGGCAGGUUGUUUACCGAGGUCUGUGUGUGGAUUCCCGUUGAGCACGUGGCCUCGGUUUGCAUAGUUAUGAAUCCCGCCCCCCUUCUAACAGUCCCUGCUGAGGCCAGCGGAGCUGCUCGGCAGGAGCAGAGUUGUCGUAAUCUGGCCUUAUGAAGGCAGCUUGAAGUAAUUGGGAUCCAAUGUUUAAUAAUAAUACAAGUAAUCUUUGGAGCUCUGUUUGUAUAUAGUUGUAUAAAGUAUAUACUUUUGCAUUUGAACUGGAAAAGCUGUUGAGAGGAGGGGAACGUUGGGGGGGGGUUGCAAAGAAGGGUUGCUCAACGACACAUGCAAUGCAACGAGGAAGGAGUUGUGGGCAUGGCGGAGAAAAGGUCAGAGGAGCGUUGCCAUUUGGGGCGAUGCCUUUCGCUGCUUCUCUUUGGGGCUGUGUUACAUCCAUUUUGUUGCUUUUUUUCCCAUCUCGAGAAUCCAUCGUCCUUCACUCAUGGCGAUUCACACAUCAUCCACCCGCAGUGAAUUACAAAACAGGAAGCAUGGGGGUAAAAAACCUGCUGAUGUUGUUGUUGACUGUCAUUGACUGACCCCCCCCCUCUCCCCCAUAUCCUUACUUUGAAACGUGUGGCGUAUAGCGAAACUCGGGGGAAAGAAGGGGGAGAGAAUGCAUAUUAAUCGUUCUACUGGCCCAGUCCCACAUCUAAAGCACCUUGGAGGUGCCUCCCAGCUGCGACUCCAGGAAAACUGAACUGUGUGUAUGAGUAUUUGAUCCUGUAUUUUAUGAACCAUAAUAUCCUAGUCAAAUCUCUCUUUUUUUGCAGUUCAGAUAUGUAAUUUAAAAGGCGCUUUUUACCAUAAGUGUUAUUUAAUUUUUCGUUUUUAAUGAUUGAUGUUUAUUAUCCUUCACUAGAGGAACUUUAUGAUUGAAUUGUUUGGAAGAAGCCUCUUUGAGCGACAGGCAAGCACUUCAGAACACAAGUCUGGGGGCUUUCGUUCACAGGGUGGGUGGGCGUGAGCGGCAGCCCUUCUCCUUUCCCUUAAAGCUGUGAUAGUUCGGGAGGGGGGAAGAGCCAGUUACAAAACCUAAGUGGGCCAGGACACAAUUGCUCCAGCUGUGGUGGCCGUGCCUCGAAGUGAAUGGAAUGAAUUCGGAAGACCCUUGUGCCUGUAGGUGUUGACUGUAGUGGUUAUGUGAAUAGACAGCCUUGGUCAUUGGGCUCGCUGAGUCUCUCUACACGAGACAUCUGACACGUGAAGAACGCAUGUCGGGUGAUGCAAUGGUAGCUGGGAAGGGUAGUUUAAAAAGACAGAGCCGGUGGCAGGGCAAAGGCUUUGCUAUACACUGGAGCUGUGUGAAGGGGCUGUGAAAUGCCAGAAGGGAACUUGAACCCAUUAUAACCUCUCCAGGUCCGAGUCCAGCUCUGGAAGGCAGCUCCAGCCCAUUUCCAUUCCUCACUGUCCUCUGUUUGGGAUCCCACACAGUUUUAGACUGGAGAAGUGAAACUGACAGAGCCUUCAGGGGGGCGAAGAUGAAGUUAACAAACCCCUUGAACAGCAAUCUCUGCCGGCUCUGUCUUUUUAAAAUACGCUGCCCGGAUAACAUUGCAUGUCCCUACACUUGACGAGCACACACUGAAGCAUCUCGAGUAGAAAGACUCUCUGUGAGAUAAUUCUGGGGGGGAAGGAAAUCUUCUGUGUGAACUCGGAUUAUAUUUUCACCACAUGGUCAUCUGAAUGAAGCCCCCUAAACUGCCUCUACCAUGGCCUCCGCCUCUGGGAUUUCCCGGAUUUCAGGGAGGGGGAAAUCAGCAUAUUAACAGUGCACGAUUAAUUGGCCUCUUCUGGCAGCUAUGGUGGAACAUCCCAUCCUCAUGUAUGGGGGGGGGUCCCUAAUCUGCAAGAACUCACUCAGAGUCGUGAGACUUCUGUAUUUUCCCACUUUGCAUUUUGCAUAGUAGGGAAAUGCUGUUUCCGGCCAAGAACAGCAUUCCUGCCAUUGAAAAUCUUCUGAACUCCCCAUCCCGGUGACUGUGCACUUACUGUACUUGCACAGAUAUUUAGGAAGGCCGUCUUGCUUCAGAAGUGGGAUCUCAGCAAGUGCUCGCGUGGGAGGGAGAACGCCUCUGCCAGGGUGCAGGAACGAGUGGGGCGUGCCUGAACUUUCCCAUGCCAACAGCUGAGCUGACUUCUUCAGUUAUCCCUACAGCUCCCCCCAGCAAUUCAGUUUGCUCUCGUAGCAUAGCUGAUUUGGUUCAGAUGAAAGGAAAAUCUCUCUCCGCUUCGAAAUAUGUAUAUAUUUUUCAAUCCCCCGGCUAGAAAUGGUCUUUUGGAGAAAGAAAUAGGAAACAAAUUCACCAGCUUCAAGUAGCAAUAAGGACCAUAAUAUAUUGUGCAAUUUCCUUUUCAAAACGUUUUAAGGCUAAAUGCAGGCAGUCAUUUUGCUCUCCUUCAUACGAUGGAAAAAGAUGUCGUCACUGCCUCCAUUAGUUUGGUUUUGUGUCCUGUCCCCCACUUUGCACUAGCCAAUACCUUGUGGGACCAUUCCGGCAUGGCCAAAUUUGGUGUGUCAACAUUCCUUUAAAACAAAAAUUGGGGUUGUGUCUGUUCUUAAUUUUAUUAGAUCGGCUCUUGCUUAAGUGCUUGAACACCCAACGUUGAUCUACUCAGUUGGGCAGAGUGGUACAGGUGGUGAGAUUUGGGUAGAAUCAAGUUGUCUAGCUGGAUCUCUUUCUCUGCCGUGUGCUAUGAAGACCUUCUAAAUUUUCUUCAGUAGAGUUGAUUAGUCGGAUGUGUGGUGGUGAUGAGUGCUGUCAAGUCAUAGUUGACUUACAGCGACCCCCGGUGGGGUUUUCAUGGCAAGAGACUAACAGGGGUGGUUUACCAUUGCCUGCCUCUGCAACCGUGGUCUUCGUUGGAGGUCUCCCAUCCAAUUACCAACCCAGGUCGAUUCUGCUUAGCUUCUGAGAUCUGUCGAGAUCAGGCUUGCCAGUUUUAGCACGUAAACCACAUUCCUCCCAGAAACUCAACCUGUUUUAAUUUCACAACAGCCUUGUAGUGUGGGUUAGGCUAAAAGACAUAAGUGUCUUGGUCAUGGUUGAAUAUCAAGGCCCCUGUUGGCGGGCGGGUGCAAAUUCCAGGAGCCAUGGUUAUGUUGAGGGCCCAUGGAGCCAGGGGAAUCUGGCAGUUUUUUGUGUUAUAUUCGGUUUGAGUCUGUUGUGGGGGGCAGAUAGAAUAUUUUCUGGGGGCCCUUGGUGUUUUUUAGUGGCCUUGCUAAGUAACAAUGUGGCCACAGGUGUCUUUGAGUCCUACACCACACUGAGUCCCUGGUGACUGGGAAAAACCUGCAGAAGGGGUCGUUGUUAGAAAGCCAGACUAGGAUCUGAGAAACCCAGGUGUGGAUCUGCCAUGGAAGCUUGCUGGGUGAUCUUGGCCAUCACUCUCGGUCAACCUAACCCACCUCACAGGGCUGUUGUGCAGAUAAAAUGGAGGAAAGGAGAAUGAGAUAAGCCACUUCGGGCUCCCAGUGCAGAGAAAGGUGGAGUAUAAAUGAAAAUAAAUAAGAAGUAGGUACAGUUCCAGACUGAGCCAUUGCUUCGCGUCUUGAACCUGGUGGAGCUUUGUUUAUAUCAGGAGCUGAUAAAACCACUUGCCACACGCUUCACUCAUAACCAAAGGUAGUUUCCAGUUGAAGCACCCUCCAUCUUUAUUCCGAUUAUAUAGCACAUGGGAGAGAAAUCUCGCUUCUGGGAUGCAAAACUUUGGGUAGGUGAGAUGAGAGAGGUGGUUCUAGAAUUUCAUUUGAUUUUUUAAAAAAAAUUAACUAUGAACUCAAUAGAGGUUGGACAAUCUGGUUUUUAAAUUUUAUUGGAAAUCCUGCAACAAAAAAUUAAAAUUGUCUUCCAGGUUUUAAAUCCAAUGAAGAAUGGGUAAGAGAAAAGAGCCUUUGAGUUUGUCAGAAAGCCCCACAGCCACCUCUUGUGAAUAUGAAGUGUAAAUCUGUAUUAUUAUUAUUAUUAUUAUUUUUGUUCUGAGGAUCAAUUAGUGAUCUCCCUGACAGGUUUAAGCCAAGAGUUUGUAACUGUAUGAUAUUUACUGUAAGAUGUAGAACAUUCGAUAACUAUUAAAAUGUU